UGACACAUAGUAGUCACUUGUUACUAUAAAAGCCAGCACGUGUUAUCGAAGACCAGACAACAACAAUGGCGAUGGCAGCUCAGCUACGUUUCCUUCCAAACUAUCACCACCUUUUUACUUCAUCAUCAUCAAAAUCCUUAUGGCGUUCUUCUUCUCAACCAAAGUCAACUAUCAUUAUCAAGAGUCAAAGUCAAAGUCAACAAGCUUCUUCUUCUUCUUCAUCCAAAAAGACGCGACGCCCACAAAACGUUGAUGGAGAAUUCUUUGUUGAUCAUACGUGCAUUGACUGUGAUACCUGUCGUUGGAUGGCUCCGGAAGUCUUCACCCGUGUUGAUGGCAUGUCUGCUGUUUCAAAGCAGCCCAGUUGUCAAAAUGAACGUCUUAAGGCUCUUCAGGCACUACUGUCAUGUCCAACGAACUCAAUUAGUACGGAGAAACCUACUCGUGAUAUCCUAGAAGUUCAAAAGACAUUUCCGAUUCCCAUUGAUACAGAAAGAAUUCCGGGGGUGUAUCAUUGUGGUUAUCACUCUGAUAAAUCGUAUGGAGCAGCAUCCUAUUUGAUUGUUCAUCCUGAAGGGAAUAUUCUUAUUGACAGUCCUAAAUAUACUGAAAGGUUGGCUGGCAACAUUGAGAAGAUGGGUGGAGUUCGAAUCAUGUUUCUCACUCACAAGGAUGAUGUGGCAGAUCAUGAGAAGUGGUCAAAGCGGUUUAGCUGUGUCAGAGUUCUCCACUCUACAGAGGUUAACGCUUCAACCAGUGAUGUAGAGAUGAAGCUUGAAGGAAGUGGUCCAUGGAGUCUUAGAGACGAUAUUCAACUUAUACAUACACCAGGCCACACUGAAGGGUCAGUCUGCUUGUAUUACAAGCCUUUAAAGGUCCUUUUCACGGGAGAUCAUUUGGCAAUGGUGGAUUCAGAGCUAUGCUUAUCUGAGAUAUACAACUUUUAUUCAGUGCCUAUACAGUUGGAUAGCGUGGCUAUGUUGCUUGAUCUGGAGUUCGAGUGGAUAUUACCAGGCCAUGGACGAAGAGUUGCAUUCAAGGAUAUUGAAGAGAAAAACGCCAGCCUAAAAGCUUUCUUGAUUGCUAAAAAGCAUGCACACAUGAUUUAGUCGGAUCCUAUACCAGAAGUUGCUACAUGCUUUUGAACAAAAGCGAAGUGAGAUGCAUAUCAAGUCGUACAUAGAUGAUAGAACUUUAAGCUUCUAGUCCGAAUGUAUACCGUAUACUUGGAAUGUUUCUGUAUAAUUAUGCCUGAGACCUAUAUGUAUACUAUGUAGAGCUUUGAGCUUAACUGAGAUAUAUGAAGAGAACACUAAUAUUAAUAUCAGUGGUUAAUACUUCCGAUAA